GUUGUGCCAACCCUUGCUCGAGUUGGAAGGACUGAUGACGCCGCCAGCUACGGCUUGGCGCUGGGCCUCAUGGGGGAGCAAUUACGAGCCGGACGGAAGUCAUGUCCACAUCGUUGGAACCAGACCGAAACCAACACCUUUUCCUUGUCUGAAUCCCAAAUCGAGCUCAUCGGGCUGUAAUUUCGGAGCGCAUCUCUUUCGUUCAUUCACAGAGUUUCGCAAGUACUGAACAACAAUCCUUUCCUUGAUUCUAAGUAUUCGGGCGAGCUCGGUUCGAUUCCAAAGCUCCCUUGCCAACCUUGGCACCACCCCCCCAUUUACCUCAAUCAGCUGCCAACCUCAACUGCCAAAACCCAGCUAGUUACAUCACAGCUACGACAUUCGAAGCACUGCAGCCGACAAGACUAUAGACAGGAAGCCAUCAAGGUUUCGGAUCAUCACAAUAUAGGCGCCAUUGGAACCACCUCAAGCAAAUAGAGGAACGACAGCUGGUAUCGCCACGCUCAUAGUCGCCCAUCAUGUUCCGAGCACAGGCGACAACGCCGUACGACACGGCCAUCGCCAAGGCGACGGACGAAAAUCUGACCUCGGAAGACUGGGGCGCCAUCAUGGAGGUUUGCGACCGAGUGGCCGGAGAUGACAACGGAGCAAAGGAGGCCGUCCAGGCCCUGAUAAGACGACUCGCACACAGAAAUGCCAAUGUGCAACUCUAUACGCUAGAGGUCGCCAACGCCCUCAGCCAAAACUGCGGCAAGCCCAUGCACCGUGAGCUGGCAUCGCGCGCCUUCACCGAGGCGCUGCUCAAGCUAGCCAACGAACGCAACACCCACAACCAGGUCAAGGCCAAGAUACUGGAGGGCACCAAGGAGUGGUCCGACAUGUUCAAAGACGACGCCGACCUCGGCAUCAUGUACGACGCCUACUACAGGCUAAAGCAGACCAACCCGCAACUGCAGCCGCCCUCUGCGCCGCAGAAGAACUCGCUCACCGACGUGGACCGCCAGAAGGAGGAGGAGGAACUGCAGAUAGCCCUCAAGCUGUCGCUGCAAGAAGAGGAGCGCAAGAAGCAGCAGACCCCGGCCGGCCCGUCAGGAGCUGCCGGCCCAUCAUCUUCAUCCGCUCCGGACCAGGCCGGAACACCCAGCGGUCAGGGUGCCGAUGCGGGAGCUGGGGCUGCUGCGGUGCCGCUACAGCCGACUGGCACGGGGACCACGGCGGCGACCGUAUCAAGGGUGCGGGCGCUGUACGACUUUGUACCAUCCGAGGACGGCGAGCUAGAGUUCAAAAAGGGCGACGUCAUCGCAGUCCUCGAGUCUGUGUACAAGGACUGGUGGCGCGGUUCGCUGAAGGGCAAGACGGGUAUCUUCCCCCUUAAUUACGUCGAGAAGCUGGCAGACCCGACGCCAGACGAAUUGCAGCGCGAGGCGCAAAUGGAGGCCGAGGUAUUUUCCGAGAUCAAGAACGUCGAGAAGCUGUUGACGCUCCUGAGCACAUCCUCCAAGGACGAGGACAGCGAAGAAAUAGCCAAGCUGUACCAGCAAACGUCGGCUAUCCGUCCCAAGCUGAUCAAACUUAUAGAGAAAUAUUCACAGAAGAAAGACGAUUUCACGCAACUCAAUGAGAAAUUUAUCAAAGCACGGCGGGAUUAUGAGGCGCUGCUGGAGACCUCCAUGUCACACCCGCCCCAGCCUAGCUACCACCAAUACGCAGUUCGUCCUCAAGGAUAUGGUGGAUCUCCGACCCCUUACCCUACUCAAGGUCCGCCACAGCAGGAUCCUCAGAGAUUCUACCCUCCUGGUCCUCACCCAGACCAGUAUCCUCCUUCUUCACCUUCACCGCAUUUGCAACGUCCGGGUGGAACACCUGGCCCCGGUGCCCAAGCACCUUUCUAUGUAGCAGGUGCUGAGGUUCCGUCGCACGGUGGCCCUCACCCCAACCAGAACUUCCCUCCGAGGGAUCCAGGCCAACGCAUCCCCUCGGCAGGGAAGCAACCGGCCCGUCUCCAAACCCAGCAGGCAUCCUCUUCGCCGCCCCCAAGUGCUCCUUAUGCGGCGUACUCGCAGCCACCAGCUCAGCAAGGGUCCUACGGCAACCCUCAAGAGCUUUCGACCUCGGCUUACGAUUCCCCAGUAGCCUCACACCCACACCCCAACCCCCUGGGCUCCAACGCCCCAUUUGCCCCAGCAACUUACCCAGCGGAAGAGCGAUACGGUACACCAUCGGCCGCGCCUGCUCCUCUGAACCCUGGGGGUGGUCAACAGCAGCCGUAUCAGUAUAACAGCUACCAGAACCAAACUCCGCCGCAACCAGCCAACACGCAACCGCCGCAAGGAGGCAUGUAUUCAGGCCAGGGCUACAAUGAUUCGUCUGACGCCGUUGGCAAUGUCCCGCCACAGCCCACCUCCGCCGCGCCGCCGCCCCCGGUCCCGGGCUCUCAGCGAGUCCACUCCCCGGUUUACGGCGGUCCGCCAGGUGCAGCUGACUCGCGCUUCUCGUUGCCCAGCCGCAUGGGACCGGGUGCACCCUCAGCACCGCUGGGCGGGCCUAGCUCCCCCGGUGAGCAGCCGCAGUACAAGGCAUACGUGCCACCUGGAUCAUCGGGGCCCAGCGCUCCAAGUGCACCAAGCGUCCCUGCUGAUUACUACAGGCAACCCGGAGGUACUGCGAACUACUAGUAAUAAUGAUGAGAUGGAGUGGACGUCAAGACCUCGUUUCUUUGUUUGAUUUCAAGAAUGGGGCACGAGGCGCCCCCGUUUAGUUAUUAGGUAUCUGGCGUGUUGACUAGUUUGAGAUGUAAUGCUAGCACUUAGAAUGUACUGUGGAUGAAGCAUUCAUAUUUGUAUCAACCAACGCAAGAGCUAGGUUUGAUAAACGUAGAAACCCACAUGAGCUCCGUUCAUGAAGAAACUAGUUAUU